UAUUUUUUUCUCCUAUAGUCAAGAAAGUAAUUCAAUGAAUAUAUUUCUUAAACGUUAAACCCAACGACACUUCUAAUCUACAUUAUGUUAAGCCAAGACUAAAUGUCUACAAGACUGAGGUGCUGUGACCCCUUGGUGGCAUUGACAUGGAUCUCAACAUUCUGUAUUCUAGCGAUACUGCUUAUAAACAGAGGUACCAAAGCGAUGUAUAAAGAGGAAAUCUCUUCGGCCAGUCAAGGCACGGCGUUCGUUGUAAGCAUGAUGAGAAAUGUUUGGAGCCAUGGCCACCUGAACUCUACACUUAUGAGAAUAUUUGUGAUCAACUCUUCGACCAGGAAAAUAAUUUUACACGUGGACGUGGAACCCACCAUUAGUUACAGCUUGUCCAUUGAACCGAAGAUGACCAAGCAGAUUAAAGUGACCUCCAAAAUGAAGCAUGAAAAAAUCGGAAUCUUCAAUUCCGUGCAUAUAGGCACUAACGGAAACGUAUCAGUGCUGGUCAUCAACAAUGGACUCACUCGUGACGGGUUUAUGGCCAUCCCAAUCGAGGCGUUCGGCAUGGUCUACACCGUGGUCACGCUCGUCGGACAGCCAGUAUUCCACGUGCUCAGUUCGACAGACGACACGGAAGUUUUGAUUCAGUUUAACGAUUGGUCAGCUUUGGAAUAUGGCCGGAGGGCGGAGUUUGUCCUGACGUUUGGCAAGAAGCGUAUCCUGCCCAAGUCCAUCAUCAUGGUGACGAUAAAGAAAAGAUAUCAGUAUUUUCAAAUCCAUGACUGUGGCUCUGACAAAUAUGGCAAAACUGAUUUCACUGGAACUAGAGUGUCCUCAUUGAAUCCUAUAGGAGUUAUCUCCGGCAACUGUGAGACAAGCUCCAAGGGAGAGUACCACUUCAUGAGCCACGUUGAAGACAUGUUGUCUCCCAUGAGCAGCUGGGGCUUCCACCACUACUUCCUGUCUCCUAACCACACAACAGACACGCGCCUGCGCAUACUGGCCCAGACCCCAACCAUGAACAUCAAGAUUGUCACCAACUCCAGCACCGACAUGGUCAUUGUCACAGAGAAUGACGACUACGUGGAGCGUUUUGUAGAGUCCGGAGCUCAAGUACUCAUAUCAUCAGAUGUACCUAUCUGUGUGGUUAUGUUCACUGUGGCCAUAUUGGAUUAUGAAUCCGGUGAUCUGGCGAUGGUGCAGCUGGUUCCUAGUGAGAACUGGCUCAAUUGGUAUUAUAUAAGUAUACCAGAUCUCAGCGUUGCAAAACUCAGAGCUGAAAUGAUCAUAUUGAUCUUAACGAAAGACUUACCAGGACUUAAUAUAGACUUCAAGUCAAGUACCGCAGCCAACGUAUAUGUACGUGGGGCUAAAGACCGGCCACCUAGGGUCAUUACUACGCUACCAGGUUUCUCGGCCCUGAUCAAACAACUGGACGACUCCAACAUCCACGUCGUCUACCACAUGGACGGACGAAAGUUUGGCUGCUACGUGAAGAUCAUCAUGACCACUGGACACAUGUACGUCGCUGCAGGGGCGACGUACCGCAACGUUGAGCAGUAUUCCAAAAGCUGCUCCAGAUCACAGCGCUACCUCUACGGAGAGGACGAGCUGGACAACGACUGUGACGGCUUGGUGGACGAGGAACUGUUAAACAAAGAAGAUGACGAUUAUGACGGGAAAGUUGACGAGGAUCUUGGAAUAAUUAAUGGCUCGUGGUCUCCCUGGGAAACUCAAACGUCCUGCUCCACCAGAUGUCGCAGUACUUUCGGUCACGUGGGCUUUUUCAGGACGUGUUCCCAGCCCGAGCCCAGCAAAAGUGGCAGAAGAUGUGUCGGUUAUGAUUUUAACCCACUUAAAGAUCCCGCGGAGAACUGCAGCACUGUCAAUGUCAAAUGUCCUGAAGAGUGUGACAAUAGCUCUUGGUACUACGGAUGUGAGCGCAAGUGUCCUGAGGGAUGUCUGGGUCAGUGCGAUAGAGUUACUGGACGAUGUCUCGUCUGCAAGCCAGGCUACCCAAUGACUAGUGACUACAAAUGCAACUUGGACUUCUUACCACUGGUAGACAACGUGACCGCCAAUCCAGAAGGUAACAAAAAUACCAGCUCUGAAGCAAGCAAUUACGGACAUGCUCAGGGGGAAGAAAGCUCCAUCCCUGACCUGGGCUGGAAGAUCUACGCCACGAUUAUCUACAUAGGCGUCAUUAUCAUCAUUGGUAUCAUCUACGAGAUUUACAAGCGAUACCGGAAGCAUCUACGGUGCUGCAGGUGUAAAAAAGGUAGAAAUCGAUGAACGACAACUCCAGACGUCAAUGAAACUGUUGCCCUACGAGAGAAUUAAACUACAUCAGAUGGAGUUAUUACAUGCAUGAAGUAUUGUUUAUGUAUACAAAUGUUUUUUAAUGCAAAAUAAUUGACUUUUCAAUAAAAAUAUAUUC